AUGCUAACACUUAUUGCGGUGUUCUUGUUCCGCGAAAGUUUGACGGCGCUCUUUGCAGUGCCUGUCAUCGUCAGGCCCUUCCAAGAACGGGAGGUGCUCCUAAGGACGCGAAACUCUGGAAUGUCUCUUUACGAGGACGCCCCAGAAUUGCCGCCGACCAAGAGUAAUUCGUGGCCACGCAGCUCGCCUCCGCUACCGACACGUCGUUACGGUAACACCGAAUGGUGCAACUGCAAACACUGCGUCGUGUUAGAUAAUGGCACGGAGGCAGAGUGUCUAUGCUGCCGUGACAUGGGUUCGGCACUGACCCGCGUUCAGCCAACUGGAUGCAUCCCAGAGCACCCAGAGUUGAGCAUGCUGUGCUUGAGUAUUGCGAUGCUCCGCCUGCUUUAUUUCGAGCUCAGGGGUCACGGGCAUCCUCUGCAUGAAGACAUCCACAGACGGUACCAGUACACGGCUUACAGGAAUUUCGUUUGCUGUUUGUGCCGGCGGCUUGGUAGGGGAAACCAGAUGAUCCUGCCGGCAUGUGUGGUCGGCAGGAUAAGAGAGGAGUUUUCUUCUGAAACCACAACUGGUUUCAUGUAUCCUCGUUAG